AUGAGUACAUUGGAAGAAAUUUUGUUUAAACAAAACCAAGUUAUGCGCUCGAUCGAACGUGCACUUACCAAUUAUAAAAAGCUGGGUCAAGCUAAAAUGACUCCAGCUACCACCCGGAACCGGAUGAACAUGCUAAAAGAGGCAUACCAACAGUGCCAAGACCUGGACGCGAAAAUCGUCGCCAUGGCGGAUCUACAAGCCAGAUCAACUCUUCAGUACUUCGUCGACAACCAUUUCGAAAGAUGUGAGGAGUGCUAUCAGGAGUCCCUGGACUACAUGUCGGAGAUCCUGGAUAAGACAUCCUCGACCCAGGAGACAGCAUCCGAGAAAGGGAAUCUUCAACCAGUGAAGCUACGCUCGCAAUCGUUGCUGCCUCAAAUCCAGCUGCCGUCUUUUGAUGGAACCUUCGAACAAUGGGAGAGUUUCCGAGAUAAGUUUCAAUCUAUAGUAAUUAAUGAUAAUUCUUUGUCAAAUGUUGAGCGUUUGCAUUUUCUUUGUUCCGCUUUAACCGGCGACGCAAAAAAAGCGGUUAAUCAUUUACCUACCACCGAUGCAAAUUUCGAGGUCGCGUGGCAGUUAGUUAAAAAUAGAUACGAAAACAAACGCCGGUUACUUUCGACCUAUUUAAAUAAUUUGUUUUCGUUACCGCAAGUGACCUCUGAAUCUGCGAAAGAGCUCCGCAGUUUACGCGAUCAGUUAAACGUUUCGAUACACGGUUUGAAAAAUUUGAAACGACCCGUCGAACAUUGGGACGACGUAAUUGUUUUCCUCGGUACACAAAAACUUGACCGUUCCUCCCGAAAGGCGUGGGAGUUACAAUUCGGUGAUACAUCAGAAUUGUCUACUUAUGUCGAAUUCGACAAGUUUUUGGAGGCUCGAGUUCGGGCUUUAGAGUCAAUGUCGCCAAUAAAAACUGAUAAACCGGAAAACGUAACUGUUAAAUCAAAACCGAAAACAAUUUCAACGAACACGUCUACCGUGUCGCCAAUUAUAUGUCCUGUAUGUAAACAGAACCACUUGUUAUAUCAAUGUCAAACAUUUCAGGCGCUUGAGCCUUCCGAACGGUUUAAAUUAAUUAAAUCCCAACGAAGAUGCGUUAAUUGUUUUUCCGCGAAGCAUGCGAAAGAACAAUGCCACAGUCAAAGAAGCUGUAAAGAAUGUAAACAGCGACAUCACACUCUGUUGCAUUUUCCGAUAAAACCGGAGCAGUCCAGCGUGAGUCAGUCAAAUCAGACGUCGGCUACCAAUCCGAAUUCAGAACUUGAAAUCAGCUCGAAUUCUGCGUCGCGAACGAAAACUAAUACCGGCAUUCUUCUUUCAACAGCUCGCAUCCGAGUGCACUCAUUGCAGGGUCGAACAGUACAAGCACGCGCAUUAUUGGAUCAAGGGUCAGUCGCAACUCUAAUAUCAGAGAACCUAGCCCAAAUUUUGCGACUCCCGAGAAACAAACAAAAUACAUGCAUAACCGGAAUAGGAGGAAUACAGUCGUGGGCUAAUCACACCGCUCGCAUCACGAUUACUCCGUUGGUAAGAACCGAGCCUGUAUACUCGACAACUGCUAUUAUUUUGAAAACUUUAACACAAUACACUCCAAAACGACAUUCUUCCGUAACUAAUUGGAAUCAUAUUGCAGGACUUGAAUUGGCCGAUACAGACCCCAUGAGCUCAGAUCCGAUCGAUAUCGUUAUCGGUGCGGAUUUGUUUGGUCAAUUAUUAUUGGACGGAGUUCGGAAAGGUUCUACAAGUGAACCGAUCGCGCAAAAUACACACCUGGGAUGGAUCCUAUCUGGUCCUACGUCCACUCAUCCUCUUCCUUUCUUUAUAGAUGCCCAUCACGCUACGUUGUUAGAAAAUCUCGAUGCAGAUCUUCGCCGCUUCUGGGAAGUGGGAAAUAUCCCAACUCAAUCAGUGCUCUCACCUGAGGAAGAAAAAUGUGAAUUACACUUUCAAUCCUCUCAUACUCGUACGUCGGAAGGGCGUUACAUAGUUCGACUCCCGUUCAAGAGCGAACCCCCUAUAGAUUUAGGCGAAUCUCGUUUUGCCGCGAUGAAAAGUCUUCUCUCUCUUGAAAGACGCUUUAAAAGCGACCAAGUAAAUACCGAAACUUAUAAAGAAUUCCUCUCAGAAUACGAAGCCUUAGGCCAUAUGGAAAGGGUUCCAACUGUCCCGGUUCAAACAACCAACCAAAUUUAUUAUAUUCCUCAUCACGCAGUUCUUCGCGAAAGUAGUUCGACAACUCGUCUUCGCGUCGUAUUUAACGCUUCCCGCCGAACUUCAAACGGCACUUCUCUAAAUGAUCAUCUUUUAACUGGACCCAAACUCCAAACCGAUCUAAUUGCAAUCCUCCUCCGGUGGAGAGGAUUCCGGUUUGUACAUACCACAGACAUCGAGAAAAUGUACCGUCAGAUUUUAGUUGAUACACGAGAUACAGAUUUUCAACGCAUUUCAUGGCGUCCCUCGUCGCAACAGUCCGUUGAGGAGUAUCAACUCUGUACCGUCACGUAUGGCACUAAAUCAGCUCCUUAUCAAGCUCUUCGCGUUUUAAAUCAGCUGGCAGUGGACGAAGGUCAUCAAUAUCCUCUAGCUCUUCCAACGACAAAGAUCUCUUGCGAACAAUCCGCGACCAGACCAUAA